AUGGACUCGAGGCGACACCAGGGCGGUCGACGUUUCGACAAUGGCGGACGCAGAUUCCGACGCGGUGGAGGACGUGGAUCGGGCCCCAUGUGGUUCAAAGGCGAGGGCUACAACGACCACGAAAGCGUGUGUAUCGCCGAGGAAGUGGCGGGCAUUUCGGGCUUCCUGACUCCAGCCCAACGAGGCUUCAAGGGCGUCGUUAAGCAACGCUUCGCCGACUUCGUGGUGCACGAAUUAUCACAGCGCACUAAGCAGCCAAUCACGCUGCAGAAUGUGGCCAAGAAGGGCAAAACUGCUCAGCUUGCUUUCCAGGAGCGCGUCUUGGACUUCGUGCUGGGCCUCAUCGGUUCGGUACGUCAGCUGGCGCGUAAGCUGCAACAGACGUCGACGAAGCAGCAGAAGCUGGUCCAGGUAGCUCAAGAGGCCUAUCACUUGAAGCAACUGGUGAUACUGGUGACUCAAGAGAUUGGCGCCAAAAAGGGCAAAGAAUUUGAGCAGUUUUUGGAGAAAGUGGAGCUCGCACGUGUCGAGUUUGAGGCCAAGGCGAAGGAGGUGGGAGAGCAGGCAGCCACUAAUGCUGCUCUAGCGGCUGCGGACGGACUGUCAUUCUACCUCGGAGGAUUAAAUGAAAAGGCGGACCGGGUGUUUAUCCACGAGACCAUGAGACGCUACGGCAAGAGCAGAAUUGUGGCCGACACGUUGAAUAUUGGAAGCGAUACGGCCGUGAUCCGUGUGAGACCGCACUUUGCAGUGAAGUUGCUGCCAGGAGAACGCGACAGCAGGAGGGACUGGCCUGUCGGACAACGUAAGUGUGUUGGUCCGGACUAUCUGCAGCUCACGCUGUACAAGCGAAAUAAGGACACGUCGGCUGUGAUUAACCAGCUCGCGUCCGUGUUGAAGAUUUCUCCAGCGCUUUUCUCCUUCGCUGAUGUCAAGGACAAGCGUGGAAUUACGACUCAGCUCUGCACGGUGUACCGUGUGCCGAAGGAUCGCGCCCAGGUUGCGUUUCGACCCGGUGGUACGAAGAAGCUGGAAGACCAGCAAUAUCUCGUCGGCGACUUGCGCUACGUCUCUCGGAAACUCGAGCUGGGUGACUGCGCCGGCAACCGCAUCGCGAUGGUGAUCCGCUCCUGGGAGAGACGAGGCUUCAUUAACUUUUACGGACUCCACCGCUUCGGUAACGCCAGCACGUCGUAUCAUCUGCUUGGCCGUGCGAUGCUGCGUAAGGACUAUAAACUGGCAGUGUUGCUGUUGCUUCGUCCCCAGGAGGGGGAAGCUAGCAAGAUCCGGGCAGCAAGAGAACAUUUCCGCAAGCACAAGGAUGUGGCUGCUGCGCUACGUAUGCUUCCACCCUUUUUGGUGCCAGAGCGAGCGGUUCUCGAGGGCCAUCAGCAGCAUGGGAUUGAUGCGCACGAAUUGGCGUUCAAUAACAUCCCGAAGCCUCUGCGUGUAUCUUACAUCGAGACGUACCAGAACUUUGUAUGGAAUGAGAUGGCGAGUAUGCGCGUGGCUAAGUUCUCGUCGACGUCGGCUGUUGUUGGCGACCUCGUGCUUCCUGCAAGGAAACGUAUGAGGACUGGGAAAACCACGAGGAGGCAACUGAUGCAGGAAGUUAUGGAACUUACAGAAGCCAAUGCGAGUCAGUACUCGAUCGAGGAUGUUGUGUUGCCGCUACCAGGACACGCUGUCAAGUAUCCCACCAAUGAAGUCGGUGCUGCCUAUAGAAAGAUGCUCACGACGGACGGCAUCGACCUGAACGCUCACUUUGGACCUGAUGGAAGUCAGUUGUAUGUACUGGAUGGAUCGUACCGCCACUUGGUGAAGAAGCCCACACGCGUUUCAUUCCAAUUGGAGCGCUACGCAGACCCGACGAAGCCGUUGAUCCCAAACGACGAAUCGCAUCGCGCAAUGAUUCUUGAAUUCGAUCUGGACUACGGCUGUGACGCCACGAUCGCUAUUCGCGAGCUGAUGAAGCAGAGCAGCAGUGCGCACGUGAAUUGGCAGACUCCGAAUGUUGAUGCACCUGGCAGUGAAGCGGCCAAAUCCGGGAGUGGCUCCACUGCCGCUGACUCUGCAUCCAGUGGUUCUAGAGCUGGACAGGCGAAGAAGGCUGACACACGCAAGGUCAUCAAAGCUCAGAAAAAGACGCAAGUGGCUAUCGGUCGUCCAGGUUUUAGCCUUGGUAGGUCAUAA